AUGUCUUGGGAAAGUUGUGUUGUGUUACUUAAUAGUGAUUCAACGAAUAACUUUUAUUCUGGAGACAUUGUCACUGGAACUGUGAUUUUAGAGUUGAAACAAAAGCAACGCGUUGAACAUAUGGGUUUUAAAGUUGUGGGUGUAAGUAAAGCACAGUGGUCAAGAUCUAUGCCAACAGUUCCAUUUAUAAGGGUCUAUUCAGACAAGAAGACAAUUCUCGACAUAGAUAUCAAUUUAUUUCAUGAGUUAGAAGGAAAAACAAUGGAACCGGGCAUCAUAACAUUCCAGUUUCAUUUUCUAUUGCCGCCAGAUUUGCCUUCAAGUUUUGAAAGUGCUAUUGCCAAAGUUCACUAUUACAUCAUAAUCGAUGGAAAGGCUUCUUUCAAAUUUAAAAAGCAAAAAAUUGUUCCGUUUGUGGUUCAACGAACGGUCAAUGUGAAUCAAAUAGAAGAAUAUUUGGUACCGGAAUUUACAGAAUUUGAAAAGAAAUUUUGGAGAUCGGGAGCAUUCAGAGUCAACAUUAAAACGUUUAAAGCUUAUGCGCCCAAACAACAAGCGCCAUUCGAAAUCACAAUAACUAACGAGAAACAUGCAAAGAUAUCUAAAAUAAAUGUAAUUUUGUUGCAAAAAAUCAAAUACAUGAUCGACUCUGGAUAUGCAGAAGAAGACAACAAAGUAUGCACAGCGAGACACAAGAAGUUUUCGAAUACUGUUUUAGAGACAUGUAUUUUGAGAAUGAAAAUUCCUCAAACGAUACCGUCCAGUAUUCACUUGAAAAAUUCAAUGAUUGAUGUUUCAUACGUAUUCAGGGUGGAAGUGACUUUCGCUUUUCACACAACGAUUUUCAAAGACGUGCCCGUUAUUAUAACUACUGUUCCUGUCUUGCACUAUGAUUUUGAUAACUGUUUCUAA